UCGCGAAACUUUUUGUUUGCGCUCGACCCUACCGUUAUAGAAAUACUUAGAUCUCUCAAAAAUCUAGCACUCUAUAUCUGGUGAUUAUUAAUUCGGUAUUUCGAGACGAUGCGACAAGUUGAAGGAGUAUCCAAGAGCAUUGUUUUCGGACAUUGACUUCGCGCACCCGCACCGUGCGCAUUUUACCCCGUAAAUCCCGUUCGACCCUUUUUUUUAGUCGCGCGACGCCAUAAUGGAGCCUCGCCAGAGCAAGUUUAGACCAUCUGGAGAUUUCGACGACAUGUUUAGCUUACCCGAAGCUUGGGCACCGAAGUUCAAGCAGGAUCCGAUGGACGCCCCAUGGAAGAGCGCAAGGGAAGGGAAAGAUGCAGAGCCUCAGAAAUUGACUGCCACGAAAAACAACAGCACAGUUGAGGAUUGGGGCGACGACGACGACUUCAUGAUUGAUCAGGAUGACCUUACUUUCCGAAGCAAUUCUACUAAUGGAAACUCCAACUCCCACCACCGCGACAGUUUGUCUUCGUUCCGCUCCGAUCGCGACUCCUUGCCUGGGAACGAUGAGAGACACGUACACCUACCGGCCGAUGACGAAAAGUCUACAUUAGAUGCAAUCACCUUAGCCACCCAUGCAGGUAUCCCGAUACCGACUAAUGUACCUCCAUCUGCCUUGAUGGGGGGUACCAUUAAGCGGCUGGGGGGACGAAAGGUGAAGAAGAUCUUCCAGGAAGAUUAUGGUGAUGAUCUAGAGCUGCCCGUAACCGGUCCUCUCCAUCUCAAAGCACAAGAUGGACAAAUAUAUCCAGAGUCUCUUAGACAAGUUAGUGGACCGAUGGCCUCUAGCCCUGUGAGGGCAACCCAUACUAUAGCUCAGCAACUACAUCAACCGAUCAUGCCAAAGACCCUUGCAACACCUAUCAACCUCGACAAAUUUCGGGACGCAGACGAUGACGACGACGAUGUUUUCGGUGACGGAGCCGCGACUAUCAAAGUCUCAAAGCUUCGUUCCCAGCAGAAUCACUUAUCCUUAAUCACACCACCCACACCUUCGCCUCAGAAAGAGCAAAAGGACGAUGAUUUCGAAGGUGAUUUAGAGCUGCCGACUAGUGGGUUACUGAAGCUAUCUAGAAAAAUGGAUAUACCCAAUACCCCAGCACUGAGUGCGAACGAUGAGUUCGAUUGGGGCGAAGGUAGUUUAGGAACACGGUUCGGCGGCACUAAACGAGAUGCUUUCUCGACGCGCAGUUCAUCUGUGUCAGCCAUGAGCCCAAGUCUCGCUAGCUCUAUCACCGUCGAGAGUGAAGAUGAAAUAUUCGACGGUUUAAUGUUACCAAGUGGUCCUUUAGACCUCAGUGAGCGAUUGAAGCGAAGAAAGCAGGACCCAUCUCCUGAUAGGCAGCUUGAGUAUUCUAUGCUCAACAAAGGAGUUCCGCCGUCUAAAAACACAGUCAAACUCACUGCGGAUAAUGAGGAUAUUUUGGAAGGGCUUGAAUUUGGUGAAGGCGAAGUACUUCGCCCUGGUAAGCCGACACUACAUCGCAACGUGAAGGUGAAGGAAAGUCGACCGAUCAGUCCUGUGCGACCUAAGACUGCAGUUUCCGUAACCUUCACCAAUAAGCCGGUUACAUCAACACCUGCUUCUCGUCUGCCUCGGCCUAUGGGCGCUCAUGAACGCGCACAACCUCAGCCUGCUCUUGAGCCAGUUUCUGAAAGCGGCGGUCCCAUACCCUCGCGACCUUCUCGGCGAUCUCAAUCACGGAUUGGCCACUCCGCUCAAUCUUCUGUCUCAAGUGUCCAUACCCCUACUACACCUUCCUCGGCUCAGUCAGCUCAAUUUUCGACUCCGCGAAGAAGAGAUUUGAACCAGAAAGCUUCAGCAGGAGCUCUUCGUAUUGAACCUACUACGACCAACGCGCAAUUGCUAAGAUUGAAGCGUUCUCUGCCUGCCAUGCGCCAUAUACCUGGACCAGCCAAGCCCGCGACUUCCCGCUUUGAUCGGCCAUCUUCUCGCACUGAGUCUCGUGUCGAGUCCAACCGACCUCAGUCCUUCAUACGACCGAAGACUCCCGUAGACCGUAGCCGUCCCGCUUAUGAAGGCAGCAUAACGCAGCCGAGAAAGAAUCCAUUCUUGCCCGCCGGCGCAUCUCAAUCUCAAUCACAGCAUGUGAGCGCCAAGAGUUCCCGGCCAUUUCGUCGCCAUGAUUCCGAUCAAGGUCCCGAAAUACGACCUCUGUCGCGGGCUUUCUCCCGUGCUGCGAUACGAUCGCCAAGCCCAAGACGGGUACGUAACGAUAAGAUGACCGCUGAACCUGUGUGGCAACAGAUCAACAAGCCGCGCCGUGUGCGACGCUUUGGUGACGGUCACGAGCUUGAUUCAUUUGAUGAUCUUCCAACUUCUGCACAGGCUGAGAGCAGGUACAUGAAACAACCGAUUGGAAGUGGAAACAAGACAAACGUCAGAAGCAAGCUUUACCAAAACGUUCUCCCAGAUCGUAACACACCGACUCCUACGUAUUCUUACUCCCCUGCCAAACCCGACUCUCUGCCCCACUUUGCUCGGGACACGGCCGCUAGUCGCAUUGCUAGGGAAACGAGCCUCGCGCAGCGUGCGCCCACUACGGGACCUUUUGUCCCCGUCCCCAACCCGAGAGUUGCUCAGUUGUCAGCCAGACCGAAUUUCUCGCCAUUCAAUCAUAACGCCAGGUCUAGGAAGCCUCUUAAGACCCCGCAGCUCAAGCCGCAUUUAAUCUCUAACUUAAACUCGGCUAAAGAGACUAAAGUCGUAAACGGAAUGACGUACAAUCCAGCAACAUUUCGGUGGGAAGGAAAUGACACUGCGCUCAACGCUUUCGAUGUACCGACUGCAUCGCCAACGACGACAACUCUACCACCGCACGUGACUCGAGAUAGAGAGGGUUCAACAUCUAGGCCAGUUCUGAUCACCAACAUGACCGCCACUAAGGGCGUUAAGCGGGUUGGAAAUAUGAUAUUCGACCCGCAAAAUAUGUGCUGGCUAAAGGCGGAUAGCACAACUCCUCUAUCUAACGAUCCCAUGGAGGGCUUCAAUGCUAUGGACGAUGAUGAUCCUUUCAAGGAUAUACCCGACCUUGACGAUAAGGAUAAAGAUUCCAUCUCGGGUGGCCGUGGAAGCGAUCUUCGGGACGAUUGGCUAGUGGGCGAGGAGUUCGACGUUGGUCCAGAAUUCAUCAGACGGCAACACGAAGAAGAAUCGCGUUGGCACCGAAAAUGUGCAAAUUGGAGUGGUUCGGGCGAGCGCGAUCGAACCGACUUGCGAUGGGCACUUAGAAAAAUGAUCAUGGAGAAAUGAUCCGACAGAUAUGACUGGGUUGCAUAUUAUAACCCGAUUUCCAGCAAGCAAAACUUUGCACAAAACAACAAUAACAGCAACAGCAGCAACAGCAAAAACAACAUGAGAGGCAAGAUCUCAGCACACCCUCAUUCAGUUCUCCUAUGUCAUUAGCACAGCCUGCCUCCUUUUAAGGGAUGGCGAGGGUGAUGAGAUGUACAACAUAAAGUGCACAAGGUGGCAGCGGAUAAACUGCCUUACGAAAUAUGACACGGCACGCAAAAGCGCGCAUAUACUAAUAAUGAUAACGACGGUCUAGCAUAUGUCCCACAUAGGGACCGAGAACUAGAUUAACGACUUUGAUCAAUGGUUUAGGAAUGAUGGAAAUGAUACGACGGAUAAAACAUGAUGAUGACACUUUAAGAUUUUGACGAUUCACUACGCGUUAUGACUUUGGGAUGGAAAAAAAAAUAUAGAAGACGACUAGGUGAUCCGCGUCUUGUGAGAAAGAUAGAUGGAUCAGAAACACCAUUGUCCUGCUCACAGCGAAAACGGUAAGCUGUCUAGUUGCGUCCCUACCUAAGACUGA